CCUAGUGACCUUGACAAGUCAGAAGUUUGAAAGCAGGGAAAUCCGCCUGUCUCCGUUAUGAAGUGGAGCAGUGGGGGGGGGUGCCCAACAUAUUUUCAGAAUUCUCCAUCCAGACGGGUGACUGUCUGCUUCUGUUACGACCGGUGCCCCACUGAGGUGCUUCUCUGGCUCUAAAGGCAUGAUGGCCAAAUACUUCAACUUGCUGUUACUUCUUGCUUCCCUCUGGACCACUCAGCUUCUGGUCCAAGGUGCUCUCCGCACAGAAGAGCUUUCCAUCUCAGGACCAUGCAGAAUCAUGGGGGUCACCCUGGUGAACAAAAACACACAGUUACAGCUGAAUUUCACAGAAGCCCAGGAGGCCUGUAGGCUGGUGGGACUAACUUUGGCCAGCAAAGACCAAGUUGAAGCAGCAAGGAAAUCUGGCUUUGAGACCUGCAGCUAUGGAUGGGUGAAAGAUCAGUUCUUGGUCAUCCCUCGGAUUUACCCGAACCCCAAGUGUGGGAAGAAUGGGAAGGGCGUCCUGGUUUGGAGACAUUCCCUCAGUCAGAAGUUCAAGGCCUAUUGUCACAACUCAUCUGAUACUAGGACUAACUCAUGCAUUCCAGAAAUUAUCCCCACCAAUGAUCCCACAUUCAACACCAACACUGCACCAUACACAACAGAAAUGACUGUCAGUGACAGAACAUCAUCAUCAUCUACCGAUGGGCCUUCUUCCUCUGUUAUGUCCACUGUGGCAACCACUAGUCUUCCUCUGGCUACCACUUCUACUCCACGGAAAAGAAAAUUAAUUUGCAUAACAGAAGCUUUUAUGGAAACUAGCACCAUAUCUACAGAAACUGAACUGUAUAUUGAAAACAGGACAGCAUUCAAGAAUGAAGCUGUUGGGUUUGGAGGUAUUCCCACGGCCCUGCUGGUGCUCGCGCUCCUCUUCUUUGCUGCUGCAGCUGGCCUCGCAGUUUGCUACGUCAAAAGGUAUGUGAAGGCGUUCCCUUUUACAAACAAAAAUCAGCAGAAGGAAAUGAUUGAAACUAAAGUGGUGAAGGAGGAGAAGGCCGAUGAUAACAACCUGAAUGAGGAAUCAAAGAUACUGGAUAAAAAGCCAGAGGAGCUCAAGAGGACACCCAAAACCACAGUGAGGUGCCUGGAAGCUGAAGUUUAGAUGAAAAAGAAAUGAGAGGACACACUUGAGGCUGAUUUCCUUCCUGAUACACAUCCUGGUCCCAGCCGGGGAAACUAAAAGGGUCAGGGACCCAAAUAAGAAAGUCCACCCUCGGGUCCUAACUCACAUCAGCUCAGGGCUACCGUUGGACUCUGGAAUUCACCAAAGGGAAUUCCCUUUUUCUCACUGCAGUCCUUUCUGGAUCCUCUUUCUGCUACCUCCAAAGCUUCCCACUACCUUUCUAGCCCGGUCAUGUCCUAAAAAUAAUCUCAGUGGGAGAGAGGUGCUUGUGCAAAGCACCAGGACCUAUAACAGCUCAACAGAACGUGUCUGUCAAGAGGCCUUUAGGCUGCCUGAGAAUAGGUGAGUCAAGAGCCAAGAAAUCAUUGAGAUCAAGGCUUUGACUGUUGACUGACUCCACGGCCCAGAUCCUUUCUUCAGCUCUGGAAAGGAAACACUUACACCACCUGGCAUGUCUUUCUGAGCCAGGCAAGAGCAAAAGAAGGAAGGAAAAAUUUAGCACCUGAAGGCCAUGGAGAUUCCCAUGACUUGCAACCCAAUAGCCAAAAGAAAUAGAGAAAAAGGAUGAGGCUGAGGAUAUUGAUAGUGUUUAUCAGUAAGGAUUAUAAAUACAGACAGGGUCAAAGUCUUCAUCUCUGAAUAACUGAGUUGGAAUCACUUUUUUAAAACCUAUACACACUUACUGUGCUCUCUUUCUCCUGCUGCUAUUUUCUUUAGAAGAAUAUACUUUCACAUGAAACCCCCUCAAAUCUUACAAAUGUCUGUUUUUGCCAAGUUAUAGAAAUUAUUACUGAAAAAAAAUUAGUGUUAAAAAGAAGUCAAAUUUAAUAAACAUUUGCUAAACGCCUACUCUA